CUCGCAUCUUCCUCCAUUUCUCUGCCGAGUUCCACUGAACAGGAGAACAAGAAGAAAGAGAAGAUGAAGGGCAACGGUGGAAUUCAGGAUAGUAAGCAGUCACAGCUGGAGUUACCUCCCGGUUUCCGGUUCCAUCCCACCGACGAUGAGCUGGUGGUGCACUAUCUCUGCCGGAAAUGCGCCGCCCAGUCUAUCUCCGUUCCCAUUAUCGCCGAUAUUGAUCUCUACAAGUUCGACCCCUGGCAGCUUCCCGAGAUGGCCUUGUACGGUGAAAAAGAGUGGUAUUUCUUCUCUCCUAGGGACAGGAAGUACCCCAACGGUUCACGGCCCAACCGGGCUGCUGGGACCGGGUACUGGAAGGCAACCGGAGCUGAUAAACCCGUCGGAAAGCCCAAAACGUUAGGGAUAAAGAAGGCGCUGGUUUUCUACGCCGGGAAAGCCCCUAGAGGAAUCAAGACCAACUGGAUUAUGCACGAGUACCGGCUCGCCAACGUCGAUCGUUCCGCCGGCAAGAGAAACAAUUUGAGGCUUGAUGAGUGGGUACUUUGUCGGAUAUACAACAAGAAAGGCAGUGUUGAGAAGUAUUACGUGGAUGAGAAAGAAGUGAAUUUCCCAGAAUUGGAAGAUGAGAAGCCCAAAAUUUUGCAGAACGAAGGCGGGCUGCCCCCUGUAAUACCGGUUAAGAAUCAGUUGGACACAUCGAGGCGGCAGACCGACUCAAGCUGCUGCUCGGAGCAAGUGCAGUCGUCUAGCGACAAGGAGGUACAAAGCGCCCCCAAAUGGGAUGACCUCAAUUUCCAGUUCAACAAUUUCUCGGACAUCGCCCUUCAAACCACCUUUCCUUUCAAUGACCAGCACUUCAAUCCAUUCCAACAAGACAUGCUCUUCAUGAACAUGCACCACCACAAAUCCCCUUUCAAUUUUUGUUAAUACACUAUUAGAUCUUAGUGCCCAUUCAAUCUUUGUCUCAUCCCACAAAAUUGAAAACAAAAAAAUCAAGAAAAUCCUGGGAGUCAAAAUUAGCAGCCUUAGCUCAGAUGAUCCUGGGAAGGCAUAAUCUAUCCAAUGCAAUACCAUGUUCUUUGUAACUAUGGUGGAAGUAGGAUAUUGUACUGUAAUAUUCUUUUAGGUAACUUGAAAACUUUAUUUGUUUUAUAUAUUUAUGGUCUGAUAUGUUGCUA